UGCGAAUUUCGGCCAUCUUGAGGGGUCGAACUUUGACGGGUGAACGCGAAGGAACCGCGAGAUGUCAUCUUAACCAAUAGAGUGAAUCAGCGCUAUAUCUAACGACCAAGAUGAUUGGUGGUUUAUUUAUCUACAACCAUAAGGGCGAGGUGCUUAUCUCGCGAGUGUAUCGCGAUGAUAUCGGUCGUAACGCGGUUGAUGCAUUCCGCGUAAACGUCAUUCACGCCCGUCAGCAGGUUCGGUCGCCCGUCACCAACAUCGCACGUACCUCGUUUUUCCAUAUCAAAAGGGCAAACAUUUGGCUCGCCGCCGUUACAAAACAAAAUGUCAACGCAGGCAUGGUAUUUGAAUUUCUGCUCAAGAUGUGCGAAGUUAUGCAGAGCUACUUCGGCAAGCUUAGCGAAGAGAACGUCAAGAACAACUUCGUUUUGAUUUAUGAACUGCUAGAUGAAAUUCUCGACUUCGGCUACCCGCAAAACACCGACACGGGAAUUCUGAAAACAUUCAUAACGCAGCAAGGUGUUAAGAGUGCAACGAAAGAGGAGCAAGCGCAGAUUACGUCCCAGGUGACAGGCCAAAUUGGCUGGCGACGAGAGGGCAUCAAGUAUCGGCGUAAUGAACUAUUCCUUGAUGUCCUAGAGUACGUAAACCUUCUUAUGUCUCCCCAAGGUCAGGUGCUUUCGGCACACGUGGCUGGGAAGGUCAUAAUGAAGAGUUACCUCUCGGGCAUGCCGGAAUGCAAGUUCGGUAUCAACGAUAAGAUCACGAUGGAGUCGAAGGCGGGCGCGUCCGGUGGAGCUACGAAAGCACUCGAUGACGCCAGUGCCACUUCAUCGAGGUCGGCAAAAAGCUCAAUCGCUAUCGACGAUUGCCAAUUCCAUCAAUGCGUCAAGCUUAGCAAAUUUGAAAGCGAUCAUGCCAUCUCGUUCAUUCCACCCGAUGGCGAAUUUGAACUGAUGCGUUACCGUAUAACAAAAGAUAUCUCAUUUCCUUUCCGAGUAAUUCCUCUUGUUCGGGAAGUAGGUCGCACCAAAAUGGAGGUGAAAGUAGUACUCAAGAGCAACUUUAGGCCAUCAGUCAUCGGCCAGAAAAUUGAGGUCCGUAUCCCUACACCGCUAAACACGUCAGGCGUACAAUUGAUCUGUAUGAAGGGUAAAGCGAAAUACAAGUCAAGUGAGAACGCCAUCGUCUGGAAAAUCAAACGAAUGGCCGGCAUGAAAGAGACACAGCUCAGUGCCGAAGUUGAACUUCUACACUCAGAAGCCGCCAAGAAAAAAUGGAACCGACCACCCAUUUCUAUGAACUUCGAGGUGUCUUAUGCUCCCUCUGGGCUUAAAGUUCGCUACCUGAAGGUAUUCGAGUCGAAACUGAAUUACAGCGACCAUGACGUCAUUAAAUGGGUCCGAUAUAUCGGUCGCUCUGGUCUUUAUGAAACUCGAUGCUAAACUCCUUAUUCUUCCUUGAAAUGCGUCGCAAGUCCUGGUAUGUAAUUCUGGAGUGAAAAACCGAGGAGGAGCGUUGAUUAGGUAAUGUUACCUGCAAUGUUUUCCAACCGGUCGGCGAAGCAACGAGUAUCGAUGCCCGAUAACCCUUCAACGGCAAGAUUUAUCUGUCUAUAAUGGACUAAUGUCUCAGAAAACCUAUGUAACUUUACACAAUCUUAAGAUCAGUAGAGGCAAGACCGGAAACUACUUUAGGAAACAGGCACACAAACAACAACCGCCACAACGAAAAUUACAACAGAUAAAUUUUUUUCCGUUGCGGAAAAAUCUAUAUACAGAGGCAAACAUUGAAACCACCACAAGCCUACUUACACGUAGACGGAAUUGUUGUAGAUCUUCCUUGACGACGGCAGUCUAGCUGUAUUGGUCGAUCGUUCUACUAAUGACAUGCGGUGGCGAUAUCAAUAGCAUAGGUUAGUGAAAUACGUACCAGCCUGAAUGCUGUGUUUUGGUCCUUAUGAAGGUGAUGUGCUGACGCUUAUAGACAUACACAUAUACAAAAAAAGGCGCGCACGAGUGAAACAAUGAUGAUGGUAAAAAUUAUAUGAAUAGGCGCGUCACUGCAGACAAACCUAUGGCGUAGGCAAAUGAAAAUACCUAGAAAAAGAGAUAGAAGGAAGGUUAAAGUUAAAGAAUUGAAGAGAAAGACGUUAGAAGUGUAGAGUUUCCAAAAAUACAAAGCAUCUCUAGUUAAGCAAAAGAGUUUGUAGGAGGUUAGCUGUGGGAAGCAAAAAAAUGACAAACUACGAUUAUUUUAAGACGAAUAAGGAAGAGCAUGCGAAUGAUGUCUGUAAAAAAAAAGAGAACAAAAUAUAGCAAAAAAAGCACAGUUUCACCUCAACUAAAGAAAAUGCAUAUAGAAGUACAUUUGAAAAAUAAUUUAUAGUCAAAAUAUCGGAAUGGUCUAUUAGAUAAUGCCCGUCAACGAUAAAAACGUAUAACAAAGGUUGGCAUCGAUAGCAAAUGUUUCGCUACACGAUUGAUGCAGCCGAUGUUUUCCGAACGUUACUCUCGUUUUUUAGAAUCUCUGCAGAUGGAAAUAAAAAAUGUCUUAGCCUUUGCUGAGACGACCGACUGGCUAAUUGAAAAAUAUCAUUUUCUCUAGGGGAAAAUGGCUACAUCGCUUCUGCAUGUUUUUUAUCCGAUCGGGUGGGUUGCUCUAUUGAUUAGUUGAUCGUAGCGUUCGAGGCAAAGUUAACAAAACAGGAAAAAGUGAUAAAUAAUACCAUGAAAAUGUAAGGCGUUACCCCGUUCUAAUGAACUUAUAGUAUGAUAUGUCUGAUAACGCUAUUAGGACUAGUUAUAUCGUAAUCACUACUUGACCAAACUGACGUUCAGCCCUGUCAGUUUGUAACAUAGGGCAGCGCCAAUAAUGAUGCGAAGGUACGAUAAAAAAAAAACGAGGGUUAACCUAAAUUACUCAAAGACAAACAGAAAAAGCGUGUGUAAACGGAGUAAAUCAAUAUACACAGAUAGAACGAAUUACCACGUGAAUAAUAACGAUCUAAUUUGAUAUAAUUGAAGAAAACUAGUAAAUGAAGAAAAAAAGUUAGUUGUUCAGUUAGUAAAAGGAUUAUUGGUGAUAAUGAAUAUUUUGAAAAUUGUAAAACUCACAGUUGCGAUAAAUAAUAGUGGUUAUAUGUCUAAAGUGACGAUCCAUGUAGUGAUCAACGUAGUCAUAAAUAUUGCCAACAAUACGAAAACUAUAUACGUAGGACUAUUUCUUCAAUGUGACGAUGUAAACCAUGAGUUGUAAGUAAUUGAUGAAAACCGAAAAAUCGAUAAAGUGACCGUAUUAGUGGCGUCUGGAUAGGACGUAUCACCAA